CGUUGGCUGUGGAAAGGGGGGGAGCUGGGGGGGACUGGCACCUCUGGGCCCUGAGGGGCCUCGGGGCCCCCCCCGUCGUCCCUGGCCCAGGGGGUCAGCAGGCCUGGGGGGCCCUGCUGCACCUCUGCCCUGCCCAGCCUCCCCCUGGUCCCCCUGGGCCCAGCCCGGCCCCCACGGCCUCCAGGUGCCCCCCAGUGCCAGUCCCUGGGUGCCCCCCCAUGGCCAUGGCGUCGCCCCCGGCGCCCCCCGCCAAGAAGCGGAAGAUGAACUUCUCGGAGCGGGAGGUGGAGAUCAUCGUGGAGGAGCUUGAGCGGGGCAAGCACCUCCUCAUCAACCACUUCAACGCCGGCGUGCCGCUGGCCGCCAAGGCCGCAGCCUGGCACGACAUCCUGCGCCGCGUCAACGCCGUCGCCACCUGCCACCGCGAGCUCCCCGAGGUCAAGAAGAAGUGGUCCGACCUCAAGACCGAGGUGCGGCGCAAAGUGGCCCAAGUCCGAGCUGCCAUGGAAGGAGGCGAGAGCCAGAACGGCAACGGCAACGGGCCAGAGAGUGAAGACCCGACGGGCGCCGCUACCACCCCGGUCAUCCUCACCCCCAUGCAGCAACGCAUCUGCAACCUGCUGGGAGAAGCCACCAUCAUCAGUUUGCCGAGUGGGGACUGCAGUGCAAGUGACGGUACCGAGAUACCCAUCACCGCUUCUGCCACCACUGUCACCCUGACCCAGAUUCCUGCAGAGACAACCUACCACAGUCUAGAGGAUGGAGUUGUGGAGUACUGCACUACAGAAGCCCCCACGACAGUUACUGCUGAAGCACCCUUGGAGAUGAUGGCACAUCAACACGAAGUGUCUGCAAAGCCUCAGGAGCUGAAAAGCCGAAUUGCCCUGAACUCAGCCAAGCUCUUGCAGGAGCAGCGAGUGACCAACUUGCAUGUGAAGGAGAUAGCCCAGCACCUGGAGCAGCAGAAUGACUUGCUUCAGAUGAUUCGUCGUUCUCAGGAGGUGCAGGCGUGCGCACAGGAGCGACAGGCACAAGCGAUGGAAGGAACACAGGCUGCACUGAGUGCCCUCAUCCAGGUCCUCCGCCCCAUGAUUAAGGACUUCCGUCGAUUUUUGCAGAGCAAUACACCCAGUCCUUCCGUGACUGCUGACCCCAGCCAGACUGGGCAGCAAGAUGGCAUUAUCCAGUGAAAGAAACACUGAUGGGACUUCUUUUCUGGAAAAACUGCCUGUGCUGCUGUUGGACACAUGGAGUCAAGGGAUGAUAGCUCUUGUCAAUGUGAAAUGGCUCGCCUUAGACUCUUAAUACUGAGCCUAAACAGCUUUCUAUCUCUGCUAAUCUUAUGCUAAUCUGCCUUUUCAGAUUCAUCAUACAGAGUGGUAGCAGAAUGUGUAAUAAACCAGGAACUUAAUGUUGAUUGCUUUAGUUCCUCAAAAAAUAGAUUUAUAAAAAAAGACAAAUAUUUUUUUAUUUCUGUUUGAAAAAAACUCUCCUAAAAGUGACACCUCUCUCUUUCUCUCUCAAGAUCUGUAGCCUUUAAGUGACUUCUAAUGUGGAGAGUCUUGUUAUAUCCCAGUGUGGAAGCUGCCAAGGUACAGUUAACAUAAACUGUAGCGCAGGGUAAUUAAUGCAUUUCUGUCUCUUGCUGAAAGCAUUUACUGCAAUGUGGUACCUGAGGUGGAGCAACCUUCUCUCUUUGCUAAGAGUUUGUGGAUACUGCUCUUGGAGCAUGAAAUCCGGCCCACGCAGAAGACCAGCACCAAGCUUAUAUACAGUUUAAAUCCCAUCCACAUCCCCUGAGGGUAUAAAUGAGAUUAAAUUAGUGCAUACACCUCAUGUUCUGUCUGUGUGCAGUGAUAAAAUUUCACUUUAAACUUAACAGAGGUGCUGAAAAAUUCUUCUCUUUGCUCCCUAGAUACUCUCCUGGGAUAUGCAUUGGAAAUAAUGUAUUAGCUGUCUCAGCAUAGUUAAUAGACAAGAACAUGUAUGAAUUUCAUUCAGGUGGGUUUACAGGUGAGACUCCACCUCUAUCUCAUGCUAGGCCUGCAUAGUUGGUCAUCUCUAAUAACUUAAUCCAUCAAAGUGAACCUGGACUACGGAGCUUCAGCCAAGCAGUAAUUCCCAGCAACCUUUAUUUAGGAGUUUGAGUGGAUUUUUGGAGCAUUACUUUGUUUUGCUGGGGUGGGAAGGGUGUCCGUUUUGUACUUUUUAGGAGCCAAAAGCAAGUUUAGCAGUUCUUAAUUAGUCCUGCUGGAUGACUUUGGUUUGCAUUCUGAGAAACGGGCCUGGGAUUCGCCUCACCUAUUUUCUUACCAUUAUAUUGGAAAAUAACAUUUGCAGCCACUUCUCUCUCUGAUGUGUUCAAGCUAUUAGGCUUGAUCCUAAAUAAGAAAGGAUAAUUUCAUAGGGUGGUAAAUGUGAUUGCUAUAGACUUGCAGUGACUUUGUAAACUUUAAAACAAGGUGAUUUUAGAUGAUGAGCUCCACUUGUAUGUGCAUGGAAGCAGACUUCAAAAAAAAAGGGAAGAAAAAAACAUAGCUCUUUUCUCCCCAUGCCUUGCAAAGUAUGUCAUGCUUAUGGGCUUAUUGCUUGCCAAGUGUUCCUUUUGGAAUGGAACUUUUUUAGAGCUGGUAUCUGCUUGCUGUUAAAUCUUGAGGACUGAGGAGAUGGUGAACAAAGACUGAUGAGGGAUUGAAUUUGCACAAUCAAAUUAUAAACAUUACAUAACCCUUUAUGGUGGAAUACUGAUGGGAGACCCCUGGUUAGAGCAGCAGGUGAACUGGCUGUCGCUGCCUGUCUCUGGCCAGCACUAAUCUCCUCUCCUCUGCAAGUCUUGACUCCUGAUGGAGGAAUGAAGAACAACGCGGUUGACCUGUGGAAGACUCCUGACCCUCUCCCGCUGACAUCUCUGUGCUGAGUCAGGACAGCAUCAGCUGCGUCUUCCCACCUUCUCUGGCAUUCAGUCGCAUGAGUAAAGCUUGCCUGACUCUCAGACUUUAUGGAAUUAAAUCAAUUGCUCAAUUGAAAUUUAUUUUUAAAGCUGAAAACUAUGUCAUAUGUUUUGUUUUACCUCAUUUGUGUAAUGAACUCUCCUUUACAAAUAUGAAUUUUAAUAAAAAUUUACAUUUUUGGUAAA